AUGACUUCCCAAUUAUCUUUCAUCAAAGUUUUGAAUGGUUCAAAUUUUGAGGAAUGGAAAGAUUCUCUUAUCAUCACUCUUGGGAUUAUGCGACUUGAUUUUGCCCUGAGAUUUGAUGAGCCCACCAAGCCCACAGCUGAUAGUGACACUGCAGCAAAGGCUCUCUAUGAAAAAUGGGAGGAGUCAAAUAGAUUGUGCUUAUUGAUCAUGCAGCACACCAUGGACAAGAUGAUAAAGAAGAGUGUGCCUGCAACUGAAAAGGCUAAGGAUUUUCUUGUAGCUGUCAGCAAGAAAUUCAUCAAACAUGAUAAGGCUGAAAAGGGUACUUACAUGGAAUGGUUCACAAACACCGAGUAUGAUGGUACGCGUGGUGUACGCAACCAUAUCCUGAAGAUGACCAACUAUGCCAACAAGUUGGGGGAGAUGGAAGUGACCAUAUCAGAUUCUUUUCUUGUGUGGCAGAUUAUGAAGCCACUUCCAUCACAGUUUGAAAGUCUCAAGAGCUCCUAUGGUGCUAAUUAG